CAACAAAAAUCUGGCAACUCUACUGCAAAAACAAAACAAAUGCACGUGUGAUUUUGUUUGGUGCCUGAAGAAUUGAAUUAAACAAGCAUAAUUUAAAUAAUAAUUAACUUCAUCAUGGAUACUCAUGAUAUAUUUCGUCAAUUGACCGCAGGAGUGCGGUUUACCAAAAAGCGUACCGCGCCACCGGCAGUUAACGCGAAGAAGUCUCAAAUCAUUGCAAAAGAGGAGUUGCCCAAGCCAGCAAAAGUUGCCAAGUUAGCAGAGGAUGACACUGCAACCCAACAGUUUCGAUUGCUAGCCGACAACAUUGGCAGUAACGACACGACAAAUCCAGCCAAAGAUAAACGUAAGAAGGGUAACAAAAAACAAUUGUCACCGGAGCAGUUGGAGCAACAACAGCGCGAGGAGCAGGUGCAGGCCAUACGUAAAGAGCACGGUAUUACAGUGCUGGGCAAGGAUGUGCCCGCGCCCAUUUCAACAUUCGAUGAGCUGCAGCAAUACAAACUGUUGCCCCGACUCAAGGAGAAUCUUUUGUCGUUUGGCUUCGAGCAACCGACGCCCAUUCAAAUGCAAGCGCUUCCCGUGCUGCUCAAGAAUCGAGCACUUAUGGCGUGUGCACCAACUGGAUCGGGUAAAACAUUGGCCUUUCUUACGCCCAUUAUCAAUGGACUGCGCUGCCACCAGACAACAGGAUUACGUGCUCUCGUCUUGGCGCCUACUCGCGAGUUGGCUCAGCAAAUCUAUCGGGCUUGCAUGGAGCUAACUCGCUCCACGGGCUUGAGAGCGCACAUCAUCAGCAAAGUGAGUGAAGCGCAUCAGCAAUAUGGUCCGGAGUGCAAGCAAAAAUAUGAUAUUCUGGUGUCGACACCAAACCGAGUGCGUUUCCUACUGCAACAGCAGCCGCCGUUGCUUGAUUUGUCGCGCAUUGAAUGGUUUGUGCUCGACGAAGCGGAUCGCCUGAUGGAGGAUGGCAAGAACAACUUCAAGGAACAACUGGAUGUGAUCUAUGAAGCCUGCACGCAUUCCCAGAAGCGUGUGGCAUUCUUCAGUGCCACAUACACGGUGCCCGUGGCCAAGUGGGCCUUGCGUCACCUCAAGCAACUGGUGCGCGUGACCAUUGGUGUGGCAAACAGUGCCACGGAUACAGUGCAGCAGGAGCUGCUCUUCGUUGGCUCUGAGAGUGGCAAAUUAAUAGCUGUGCGAGAAAUGGUGCGCCAGGGAUUGCAGCCGCCUGUGCUUGUGUUUGUGCAGAGCAAGGAGCGUGCCAAGCAGCUGUUCGAGGAGCUGCUCUACGAUGGCAUCAAUGUGGACGUCAUACACGCCGAACGUACGCAGCAUCAGCGAGAUAAUUGUGUGCGCGCCUUCCGAGAGGGUAACAUUUGGGUGCUGAUCUGUACGGAGCUGAUGGGGCGUGGUAUUGACUUUAAGGGCGUUAAUCUGGUCAUCAACUAUGACUUUCCCCCCACCAGCAUCUCGUACAUUCAUCGCAUUGGACGCACUGGUCGCGCUGGACGACCAGGACGCGCUGUUACCUUCUUCACGCAAGACGACACGGCCAACUUGAGAAGCAUCGCACAGAUCAUCAAGAACUCUGGUGGCGAAGUGCCUGAUUACAUGUUGAAAAUGAAAAAGGUGAAGAAAUCCGAGGCCAAAAUGCGUGCCAAGAAGCCUCUGGAGCGUGAGGAUAUAUCCACGAAAAUUAAAGCUGAAAGGCUGCCGCUGCCAAGAGAAUUCGAUAAGACGAAGAAGCCCAUGCAAGCAGGGAAAACGCAAAAGCAGCAAAAGAAAAAGGAUACGGGGAAAAAGCCAGAAAAUAAAAAGCCUAAAAAAGUUAAGAAGUCAAACUAAUUAAGAUACAAAUUUGUCUAAUAUGCUUUAGGAAAAUAUAUAUUCAUCUGUUUAUUAAAAUCGUA